AAGAAGGAGGAGGAGGAAUAAUAAUAAUAAUAAUGGUUGGGUUAAAAAUAGUAUGAGGCGUUACUAAGGGACAUAUGUAGGGAAUGUUUUGAGUGGCUGUGGUGUAUAAUCAUGGAGGAAGACUCGGAUACAAGAGAAAUUCUGUCGCCCGAGUCUUGGAGGCCGCUGGAGGAGCAGCAGGAAGAGCAGGAGGAGGAGGAGGAGGAGGGAAGCCGCUCUGGCUGUUCGGGCUCUCCGCCGUUCCCAUGUCCGUUCUCGGUGACUGUCGAACCCGUGCUCUUCCUCUCCAUGUUCUCGCUGGCACUGCAGAUGCCCCUUUACACGCAGUACCUGUGGGCUCGCAUCAGUGAAGAUGUGGGCUAUAACGACACCAGAGAAGGAGGAGGAUGUAGGAACUCUUCUACUGAACACGACCCGCUCCAGAAGAAGGUGGAAACUCUAACUUCACACUGGAACUUGUACAUCAGUCUGGGAGGUUUUCUUGUGGGCCUUUUCGUUGUGAUCCUUGUCGGCUCGUGGAGUGACCGAGCAGGACGGCGUCUCGUCUUGAUUCUUCCCAGUAUAGGCCUGGCUGUCCAGGCUACUGUCUACCUGAUAGUCAUGUACCUGAAACUGCCUGUGGCCUGGUUCCUAUUGGGACGAAUCUGCAGUGGCCUGUCUGGGGAUUUCAAUGCCAUUCUGGCUGGCUGCUUCGCUUAUGUGGCUGACAUCAGUGACAAGCAUUCUCGCACGUUUCGUGUGGCAAUACUGGAGGCAUGUCUGGGCAUCGCUGGCAUGUUUGCAAGCAUAAUUGGGGGCAAAUGGCGACAUGCGCAAGGGUACAUCAACCCCUUCUGGCUUGUGCUGGCAACAAACCUGGCUACGGCCCUCUAUGCUUACCUCUUCGUACCCGAGUCCGUGACUCCUGACCCUGGGGUGAAGCUCUUCUCCACCCGGCACCUCAGAGCUGUCUAUAAUCUCUAUGCAUCUGGAGGGAAGGGAGGACACAGGACCAGACUCUGGCUCUACACCCUCUGCUUCUUUCUGGUGAUCACUGUGCAUUUCGGCUCCCGGGAGCUGUACGUGCUCUAUGAGCUGAGCACACCUCUGUGCUGGGAUUCUGAGUUGAUUGGGUAUGGCUCAGCUGCUCAGCACAUGACCUACCUCACCAGUCUGCUAGGCCUGAGGAUCUUGCAGUGCUUCCUCGAUGACUCCGGUGUGGCCAUCCUUGGCCUGGUGUCCAACAUGGCUGGUUUGGUGGUGUUUUCAAUGGCAAAUACUACAGGUCUCAUGUUUACAGGAUAUGGCCUGUGUUUUCUCAUUAUGGCUUCAACCCCAGUCCUGAGAUCCAAACUGUCCAAACUAGUGGACCCGUCAGAGCAAGGUGCUCUCUUUGCAUCGGUGGCUUGUGUAGAGGGUCUCUGCUCACUGGUAGCCAGCGGAGUCUUUAACUCGCUCUACCCCGCCACCUUACACAUGAUGAAGGGCUUUCCUUUCCUCUUUGGAGCCAUACUCCUUCUCCUUCCUGCUGGAAUAAUUGGGGCCUUGUGGUACAGAGAGAAGAGGAUGAACAGUGGAGAAACUGCAGUGAACUGACACUGGCUGUGCAAAAUCCUUGACCUUAAAAAGGAGGGCUGGUCUACACACACCUGUUAAAAUGUCCGUUUUUGUGACUAGAGGGGGUUAAACCAAGAUAAAAAGUUAUCAUUUAUAGCGUACAAAAUGAAGUGGAAAACAAUCAGAAAAUUUUUAGAGAAAAAUACGAAAAAGUUACAAUGGUAGUAUAAGUGUGCACACCCUUUUUAGCUCCUCUGGCUGUAAGGCUGAUGAGCUGUUGCCAUGGCAUGGCAUCCGUCCAUCCGUCAUCCACAAUUCAGUUAAAUCAUAUCUCCUCUGUCAAUUCUCCACGGAUUUCCGUUCCGAUUUAUUUUGUUUGAAAUAACUCCUCAUUCUGCACAAAACCUUGUCAUUGUUUUGUCAAAUUUUUUGCUAAUGAGUUAGUAAUUAGGCCAAAUUAACAAAUUUCCUAAGCCUCUCACUAGAAUUUUAUCUCCUCUCUGAUUUCUCAUCCGAUUCCAGAUCUGAUCGAUGUUCUAGGUAAGUUACUCAGCUUUGCAUCAGGCCUCAUCACAGCAUCCCAUCAUGGAUUAUUUUCGUAUAACAUCACACCCCAUGGUAUUUUAUUGCUUACGUGUUACCCAAUAUUCCAUAUGAUAUGAAGUCAUUGGCUCAUGAGCACUAUAAUGGAGCUGUAGCAUUAGAGUCUGGGAUUACAGAGUUACACGGUGUCUGAGUGCACGGCCUGUACAAGUCCCUUAAAGAGACUCAAGUGACAGCGGGAGUCUCAGCACAGAGCACAGGUUUCCUCAAACACAGAGGUCAGCUCUCGCUGGGGUUGUUUUUAAGGCAACAACAUGGAUCAUGAUCAUCUGCCAUGUCGACUUGUCCUAUUUGAUCAGUACAGAAUUUCCAGUUCUCACAAGCUCAGAGAAGGAGGGACAGUUUCAUAAAGUAAUUGAGCAAAAAUGCUGUGUGCAAUAGGUGUAAAAGUGAACUCUCUGUUGAUAAUGUGGAAACGAAAGUGCCUUUGCUUCCUGUUUGCUAUGAAAGUAUAACCACACUGUAGAAUAGAAACAAGACUAUAUCUAAGCAACAUGCAUAAAGCUUUCAAACAAACUCAGGUCUAGAAACCAAUAAGAGUAAUUCCGUGCCAAAUCACCAGAUUUUAGAGAAAGUUCCCGACUGACCAUCUCAGAUUUUGUUCAUAUUUUUUAUUUUAAUGUCCUUGUUACUAAUAACUGCUGUGCAAAAUUUUAGGCCAAUAUCUCCACUAGUUUCAGAGAUAUUAAGCCUUCAAAAAGGGGGCAUGGUCCCAUAUUUAGCAUAAAAACAAUGAUUCUUUGAUAUAAUAAGGCUGUGUACACAGAAGGAGAGCUUUGUAUGUAACAUAUUUGCAGAUUUAUGGCAUGCCAAAUAUGGCUUCCUGGAAUGUGCAUUUGUCCAUGGUAGCACUUUUGGCUCUCUAUAUCUCCAGAUUUAAUGACACCAGAUGUCUGAUUCUUUUUAAUAUAUGAGACGUUAUAGUAUUGUCUCAUCUCAUUAUCUCUAGCUGCUUUAUCCUGUUCUACAGGGUCGCAGGCAAGCUGGAGCCUAUCCCAGCUGACUACGGGCGAAAGGCGGGGUACACCCUGGACAAGUCGCCAGGUCAUCACAGGGCUGACACAUAGACACAGACAACCAUUCACACUCAUGGUCAAUUUAGAGUCACCAGUUAACCUAACCUGCAUGUCAUUGGACUGUGAGGGAAACCGGAGCACCCAGAGGAAACCCACGCAGACAACAUGCAAACUCUGCACAAAAAAGCCCUCGCCGGCCAUGGAGCUUGAACCCGGACCUUCUUGCUGUGAGGCGAUAGCGCUAACCACUACACCACCGUGCCGCCCCGAAAACGUUAUAUCUGUGACAAAAAUUAUACUUGUCUCAUAUAUAGGCCCCUAAAAAUGGAAAAAAGCUUGUCACGUCUGUAUUUUGAAUGCUUAUAGCAAAAAUCUGACAAGGUCUACCAGAAAACAAAUUAGAUCCGUGAAAAGAGCAAGGUUUAAUUGAUACAUUUACCAAAUAUGAAGUUGGUGCUGUGAAGAAAACUAUUUUAUUCAAACUGUUGAAUAUAGAAGGUUUUAUGACAUGUGAAAAUGCCAUUCACAAGGUUACAUCACAUGCUACAUCAUUAUUAAUUAAAAUUCUCUUGACUAUACAUAUAUGUAGUAUAUUUGUCAUCUCAUCUCAUUAUCUCUAGCCGCUUUAUCCUGUUCUACAGGGUCACAGGCAAGCAGGAGCCUAUCCCAGCUGACUACGGGCGAAAGGCGGGGUACACCCUGGACAAGUCGCCAGGUCAUCACAGGGCUGACACAUAGACACAGACAACCAUUCACACUCACAUUCACACCUACAGUCAAUUUAGAGUCACCAGUUAACCUAACCUGCAUGUCUUUGGACUGUGGGGGAAACCGGAGCACCCGGAGGAAACCCACGCAGACACGGGGAGAACAUGCCAACUCCGCACAGAAAGGCCCUCGUCGGCCAUGGGGCUCGAACCCGGACCUUCUUGCUGUGAGGCGACAGCGCUAACCACUACACCACCAUGCCGCCUAGUAUAUUUGUAAAUAUGAUAAAUGAUUUACAAAUCUCACAAAAGUCAUUUACACAAAUUUAAUUCUAUUUAUGUAGACUUAGCACGUCUAUUUGAAGUGUUUGAAUAACUGGUCAAUUUCUUUCACCACACCAGACGGAACUACAUAUUGUCUACCAAUUGAUGUGAUUGGUGCAUCUAUGAUCUUUAUGAUGUGUAUCAGUGGAACCCAACAUAUAUCUUCUCUUCUGGGCCAACUGUAAGACUUUGCAGGACCAUGAGGGCACAUAAAUUGUACUUGCACAUCCUGUAAUUAUUAAAUAACAAAAAUUAUGGCACUCAGAAGGUAUGGGCAAGUUAAAUGUGUGCCUCAACUAUGUCCAUAACAAAUGUGUGAAACCUAUUAGUACAGUUGUGUAUAUACAAAACCUGCUGUGUGACCUUUGUAGGUCAACAUGUCAACAUGUGAUGACAGAGUAUAAACUUUUCUUUAACUUACCAUAACUAGGUUUUAUGCUAUGUUUUAAUCAUUAAAUUACAGAUCUAUUUUUGAUAAGCAUGCAAUUA